GGAGGAAGCAUUGCACGCACCAUUGUUUUUCGCGCGUGCGAGCCUCGCACCGCUGGCAAGAGCCGCACGCUCAGCCUGAUGCUGCAGGGCCGAGGCCAGCUUGAUCCCGCGUUCAGGGCCGCCAGGGCCCCUGUUGAAGCGAUGGCUGCGGCCCUCUGGCAGACGUGGCUGCCGAAGCACGUUUUAGCCACCGUGUGCACGUGGGCCAGUCAGCACGUCCUGACCUGGGCCCAUGUCAAGGGACCUGGAGGCGCCUCGGUGCUGACCCUCGCGCGCCUCGGUUGGACGCUGCACGAGUUUCCUGCUUGGCGCUCCCACAAGGGGGUGCUCAUCGAUUUCUCGCAGCUGUGUCCUCGCACGAUUUUGAAGCUCGUCGACCAGGCGGUCGAAGCUUGGCAGUGGUCUCAGGUCGCCGCGGGCGAGGGCUUAGAGCAUUUGCGCGCCGGGUGCAAUUUGGCCCUCUUGCGGCGCCUCACCUCCCGAGGUAGACCCCCUCGUUCCCUGGCUGACGUGUACCGCACGCUCCAGGUGAGCGAGAGAGCCUACCUCCGAAGCGUCAUCGUCAACGGGCAGUGGCCCAUGGUUCGGAAAGCCGCAGUCGGUAAUUCAGCUUCGGCAGCUUGUUUAAAAUGCCAGGCGCCUCGAGGUUCGCUCUGGCAUCGCCACCUCUUGUGCAGCACGUCGUGGCCUAACCUAGAGAUGCCGUCUGCCGUCGCCAACCUUGUGCCGCGGGAAGAUAUACCGCCGGUCGUCGUGCUUGUGGAAAGGUGUCUCUGGCCUCUUCCGCUCCACGCCUUCCAACCUCCCCAGGACGAGCACGUCACUUGGGUCCGUGGCUCGGGGAUUGUUGAAGGGCCCAGCGUUUAUGUGGACGGCGCGGCUUUUGAAUCCCAGUUCCCCGAUUUGUGCGUUUGUGGAUGGGCGCUCGUGUCCAUCGGAGAUGGCCCCGGCACCCCCCAGCAGCGCGAGAAUGCCAAGGUCGCUGGCCUCUUGUGCGAGCCCGUCCCUGAUAUCGACGGGGCCGAGCUUCCCGCCAUCAUACAUGUUCUGAUUUUCUCUAUGCCUCCUAUCCACGUUUAUUCGGAUUCCGAUUUUGUCGCCAAGGGGAUCCUGGAGAGGGGCGAGGCCGCCACCACCCACCCCAAGGCGGCUUGGGCCCACCUGUGGAGGAGGUUUUGGAGGCUUUUAGACGAGUUCGGGGGCUUGGGCCCCCUGGGCUCGUUGGUCUCGAAAAUCAAAGCUCAUGCGACCGUCGCCGACGUCCAGGCAGGCCGCGUGCGAGACAUCGACCGCGCUGGUAAUGGCAUGGCCGACGAGGCGGCCAAGGAGGCCGUGCGGCCCCACCGCGCGCCGCCCGCCCUGCUCUCUCGCUUCCAGCAAUGCGAUCAGUUUGUGCUGGGAGUCGGGCUCUGGAUUGCUAUGGCUGGAGCCGUGGCUGCCGACCAUGACGCCAGUCAUAAGAGGACUUUCAAGCGCUCUGUCCCCACCCUCCAGUUGUACGAACCCAAAGUUGUGCACUCGGUGGUGUCUGCGGGCGGUGCCGCGUGGUGCCGUGUCUGUCGGUGUGCGGGGGUUACACCUGGAGGAGAGUGCGGGGGGAGCGUCCUCCCGAGGGCCGUCGCGGCGUCGCGGGCUCUUGCUGCUGACGGCCACCGACCGCACAGGCUCCUCGAAGUGACCCUCUCCUCUGGUACCUUUGCCCCGUCCCACCCCGUCGUGGUUUGUGAAGCCUGUGGGUACGGUGCCAGUAAUCGGAUCUUGGCCCCGCUCCUCGCCCCUUGCAAUGGCAAGCCCAGCGAGCACGGAGGUCGUACCCUUAAGCAGCUGAUCCAAGGUUUCAUGCCUGGGUCCCGGAAGGCUGCCACCUGCUCGACCAGGCGUGUUGAGUUAACGUAAUUUGUUUGUUUUUCUCUCGAUUGGCGUUCAUGGAUGACCAUGUUCUUCUGCAGAACCUUGAGGAGG